AUGCCAGAAACGUCAAAAUAUUCAUUCGAAUAUUUUUUCAAUUCCGAGACGGUGGUGGUAUUUCUUGCUCUUGUGCUCGCCGGUUUAGCGGCAUAUUCAUAUCUAUAUCCUUCGUACCCAGAUAUUAACGAAUUCUUUCUGCAUGAGCAAAGCUCUGUAGCGACAAUCAGACUACCUGCUGAAACUGCGAUUUAUAGAUCGAAAGUUACUCCCCAUGGAAGACAAUUAAUAUCUGGCUUGUCAAUUGCUGAUAAUGCUCAAAACAGUUAUAGUACCCGUGAUGGCAAUGUAUUGGAUAUUUGGCGAUUGACAUUAAAGAAUACCAUUCCUUUGGCAACUGCAGUAUCUGAUGGUGGUGGUAUUGUUGGAAAUUUCGUUCAAGUACCUUUAUCAAAUGAAGAAUUGGAACUUCUGGUACAUGCAAUUGGUCAAAAGUUUGCCAGCUGGACAAAAAGGCGCACGAAGAGUACAGGAAAAGUUGAUCCACAUGUAGUUAUAGCACUUGGUAGCAGCUUAGAAUCUUUGAUCUGCUUCUUUGCCGCUACUUUAUAUGGGUUUUCUGCAGUUUUCCUACAUGAAUUUCAGAACACAGAUGAAACAGGAUUAAACGAACUGAUAGAAUUAGCUGAUCCGGACAUUCUUGUGAGUUCGGGCUCUAUUCUCAAUAAAUUGGAGUUUGAGAGGUUUUUGCAUUUAGAAGGCAUAGUCUCGGUUAAUGCUAGAUACUUUGAUAUCAAAACAAAAGAGCUUCUUCCAGCACAUGUAGCUGAAAAUUACAUAACCUGGCCAGAUCUAGUUUCCAAGGCUAAAUCCACGGAGUCAAAAAUCAUUCAGGAGUUGACCCACACUCCAGAAAUUCCAGUCAAAGUUGCCUAUCUUUCAAAAGAGCUACCUGUUAACAGUUCCAACAUAGAUAACUUGCCCUAUGACAAUAUUCAAAGUACUUUAAACCAAAGUGAAAUUGCACAUAGGCCAAACAAGCAGCUGGCAUGUUUCACCGACAAGGCGAUCGUUUCAUCUAUCGCGGCGCAGAUAAAAGCCAUCCCGGCGUCUCAUCAAUGGUCUACGAAGGACAGUAUCUUAACGUUUAAUUCGCAAUUUAAUGGAUAUAGUUUCGUCCUCCAACUUUGUGCAUUAGUUUCUGGGUCAAGGUUGAUUUUUGUCGAUUCUUCAAAUAUUGUAUAUCAUCCUUUGAAACUUUUAUCAGAUAUUGGACCCACCGUGAUGAUUACAGAAGAUUCAGUCACUCGCACAUUAGUCGGGCUCGCUGAUGAUUUAAGCAUAUUCAACUCACUUCGAUUUUAUAGGGCCCAAACUGAACUAUCGAAGGGAAGGCUCCCCGAUAAAUCUAUACUUGCCGAACUCAAAUCGCUAAGAUUAAUACACUCAGGAGCAUACACACAGGGGCAGAGCUUGUCAACUGAAGACACAAAUACGAUACGUGCACUUUCUGGGGCAUAUUUAAUACACUCUCUUAACACUCCUCUUUCACUAAGUCCAAUCGCCCAAACCGCCAUUUAUGACUACCGUACCAGUAAUGCCUUACGUUGGAUCCACUUCGGACCACCCCUUCCUUGUCUUGAGAUCAAGCUGCGUGAUUUCAGGAACUAUCACGCUUCCAAUAGAAUGGGCCAGCUUUUGCUCAAAGGAAACUCUCUUCCAAGUGGUACAGAAUGGGUAGAAGAAAAUCUUAUUGCCCGUCUAGGAACGGAUGGCUGUGUUAAACAACUCUUGAACGUAGAUUACUCGAUCUCGAAAUAA